AUGAAUUACGGUCCUAGUGUGGACCAGGUCUGGAUUCCAGACAAGGGCCACACAUGGGCCAUUAUUGGCCCAAGUCUCAGCCAAUCUCAAGCGGAGCACACAGAGUGUCAGAUUAAACUGAAGUUUGAGAAGCUUCAUCAGUUUCUCAGAGAUGAAGAAGAAAUUACAAUCACUGCACUGAGGGAGGAAAAGGAGCGGAAGAAUCAGAUGAUGCAGGAGAAGUUUGAGGAGAUCAACAGACACAUCUCAGCUCUUUCACACACAAUCAGAGACUUGGAGAAGAUGAUGAAUGCCAAUGAAGUCUUGUUUCUAAAGAACUUUCCAGAUGCGAUGGAAAGAGUCCAGAGCUUACGGUCGGAUCCACAGCUGGCUUCUGGAGCUUUGAUUAAUGUGGCACAUUACCUGGGCAACCUGCCAUUCAGAGCCUGGAAGAAGAUGCAAGACGUUGUCCAAAACACUCCUGUGAUUCUGGAUCCGAACACGGCUCAUCCAGAUCUCCUCUUGUCUGAUGAUCUGACCAGUCUGACAUGCAGCGCCAACAGUCAAGCUCUUCCUGACAAUCCAGAGAGAUUCGAGCAGCACUCCUGUGCUCUGGGUUCAGAGGGGUUUAACUCAGGGACACACUGCUGGGAUGUGGACGUCAAAGAGAGCUCGUCCUGGAGCCUUGGAAUAACUACGGCAUCAAACCAGAGGAAGGGAUAUGAUUUCUUUGACAGUGGUGUGUGGAGUGUGCAGCACAGACUGUUUGAAGAGUCUGGUUUUCCUGUCGUACAAAAGCUGGAGCGGGUGAGAGUUCAGAUGGACUAUGACAGAGGAACAGUGUCCUUCUCUGAUCCUGUAACGAACACACUUCUGUACACAUUCACAACUACCUUCACUGAGACCGUCUUUCCAUUCUUUUAUAGCUUUUCUCAUCUGAGGAUCUUAUAGUUGAAGUGUUUGUUAAAGUUAUUUAUGUAGAUUUGGAGGAAUUUUUCAGGGCAUAUUUCAAGAACCAUUUUAUUUUCUUAGUAUGAAGAACAUUUUAAUAAUCUAAAGAAGCUUUUUCCACUAUAAAGGCCCUUUUGUGCAGUGGAAAUUUUUUUUUUCACAGCUCAGCUGUGAUUGGGCCGCUGCAGGUGAUCACGUGACUGAAAUCACAGCACAGCUGAACAUCAUAUUGCUUCUUGUGCAGUAAACAAGAAGCUGAAGGUAUUACUAUGUUUUCUUAUCAGAAUAAUCCUCUCUAAUACAAAAUACAAAUG